CUGGAGCUGAUGGAGCGAGCUGAAGUGACCGAUUCUCACCUUAAAAGAACCUCCUCUUUGGAGCAGUUCACGUGGAUUUAGUUUAACUAUUUGUAGAGUCUGACGCAUUUUGACUUGUGUUGUGGUGUCGUCGUGUUCAUGACCAAAGGUUAUGGAGGCUCACAGCAGCCUGGUCCGAGUGUUCGUCCGGGUCCGACCAACGGCAAACUUCUCCCAUGACGUCAUUGAAUGUCUCCCUGACGGGCAGACAGUUAACAUCCAUCACAGGAAAGACUCCAGGAAGCCCCAGGACACCAGGAAAAAUCAGCUGAGCAAUCGGUCAUUCCGGCUGGAAGGCGUCCUGCAGGGUGUAUCCCAGGAGGAGUUGUAUGCCCGAGUGUGCCGACAGGUGGUACUGGGAGCACUGGAUGGCUAUAAUGGAACUGUGAUGUGUUUUGGGCAGACGGGUGCGGGAAAGACCUACACCAUGACAGGAUCUACAGAAUCAUACAAGCAGCGUGGCAUCAUUCCUCGGGCCCUUCAGGAGGUGUUUCGGGAGGUGGACAAAAGGACUGAGCACGUCUUCUCUGUGCACCUGUCCUACCUGGAGAUCUACAACGAGACCCUGGUGGACCUGCUGUCAUCGCUGCAAGGCUCACCACGCCCGUCUCCUCGUGGCAUGGUGGUGAUGGAGGAGCCAGGAAGAGGGGUGUUCAUCAGAGGUCUGUCUCUUCAUCCUGUCCACAGUGAGGAGGAGGCUCUCAACCUGCUGUUUGAGGGUGAGUUGAAUCACAUGAUUGGAUCACAUGCCUUGAACAGGAGCUCCUCCAGGUCCCACUCUAUCUUCACUGUGCAUAUAGAGUCUCGCUUACGUACUCUCUCUGAUGCCAAGUACGUCACCUCCAAGCUGAAUCUGGUGGAUUUGGCUGGGUCAGAGAGGCUGGGAAAGACUGGGUCAGAGGGUCAAAUGUUCAAGGAAGCGAUGUAUAUCAACAAGUCGUUGUCUUUCCUGGAGCAGGCCAUCCGGGCGCUGGCAGACCGUCGCAGAGACCAUGUUCCCUUCAGACAGACUAAACUGACUCAUGCCCUCAAAGACUCACUGGGGGGGAACUGCAACACGGUGCUUGUGGCCAACAUCUAUGGUGAGGCUGCACACAUAGAAGAAACACUCUCUACUUUGCGUUUUGCGAGCAGAAUGAAGUGCGUCCGGACAAACCCUGCUGUGAAUGAACACCGCGAUCCAGCAGCACAGAUCAAGAAACUUGAGAAGGAUGUGCAAAUGCUGAAAGAGGAACUGUCCAUCUACAAUAUAUUGGCAAAGCGACCAAGCAUCACGUACGAGCCGUUGUCUGAAGCCCAGCUUGCGGAGAUCCACAGCCAGGUUCAGCGGUACCUAGAGGGUAACCUGGAGGAAAUCAGUAUUGUAAGCAUCAGGCAGGUCCAAGCAGUGUUCGCUCAGUUCAAGCUUGCUGUGCAGAAACAGGGGCAGAAGGUGAAGGCUCAGCUAUGCCAGACCUACAACGUGGUGGCGAAAGACCAAAGUGCUAACACAGCUGCCUUCAAGGAGAUGGACAGCAGAGGCAGCACUGACGAUGUGAAGGUCGGCAGCUUUGAGGCGUCUAAUCAAUCACUGAAAAACAACGAGCACCAGAGUUCAACCAUAACUAAAAAGUCUAAGGACAAACAGAGUUCUACUCCAUCCAAAGCAGAAGCCUUUGAGGAUUUCAAGGUGGGACCAGGCAGCAAGAUCAACCGCAUCCUGAAGGAGAACAAGGCCGUGCUACUGGAACGCCACAGUCUUCUUCGACAGCUAACUGAGGAGGUCAACGCUGUCAAGAGAGAGAUCGACUGCACCACAGCCUCUAUACAGCAGCAGCAGGAGACGAGAGGAGGCCAAGGUCAGUAUUUGGUGCUGGAGGAGCCGCCAGAUGCCACUUCAUUGAUGCAGCUUCGAGAGCUAAAGGGUCUGUACCGGCAGAGAUACGAGGUGCUGCGUGACAUCAAGGCAGAGGUCAACUACUGUCAACACCUUGUGGAUCAGUGCAAGGUGCACCUGCUCUCUGAAUUUGAGAACUGGUAUGAGAAGUCUUUCCCGGUACCCGAGGAGAGAACUAAGGAUAAAACCCUCGAACAAGGCGAAGAUAGCCAGCGGCCGUGUGAGCUUCUUCCUGACGACUGCAGCUCCGAGUCGUUCCACAACGCCCGCUACAGAAUGCUGAAACGGAGAAAUACUCGGGCGCUGUCCUUUACUCCGGUGCAGAGGAACUCGUCUGGACAGAGAAGACUUCCUCAUAUUCUCUGUUAGCUGAGUGAACUACAGUGUUCAUGUGAUCUGUUCAUUGUGGAUUAGUCAAGCACAAAAGACAAUACCCAAUAAAUCAGCUUCUUAAAUGAAAAGUAAAAUUUAUUAUUCCUGAACCACAAAAUAGACUUCUUUGGUUGUACAAAUUCACUAGUUACAGUCUUGUAUGAGCUCUACCCCUUAACCCUAGGACUUCUGACCCUUUCCCUCCGACAUAUUUGCAAGUAAAUUCCCCCAAAGAGAACUCGAGACGAAAGAAUAAACUUAAACACUGCAUGAAUAAUGUAGUGAAACCCAUCUGGAAAAAGGAGAUUUACCUAGUGUAAGUUUAAAAAAAAAAAAGGAGAUAUCAGCCAUUGUGAAUGUAAUCAAACAAACUGAAUUUCAGUCAGUGAGAACAUGGAAAGCUAUCAUUAGAAGACCUUACAUUAAAUUAACACAAAUGCUACUAUCCUGUGAUUCUGUGAAAAUACCCAAAUACAUAAACCGACAGUAUGUUAAGCAAUGAAUUGAAUGAGAAUGUCUUGAGAGGGAUUUCUCAUUGGUUCAGCCUCUCCCAUUAACAAACCAAUAUACACGCAGAGAGCAUCCCAAUACUAAGCCGGUCCAAACGGAUGAGUCAGCAGUCCAGACACUCGCUUGGUCUCGGUUCAAGACUGGCUCAGUUUCAAACCCAAAGUUUGCUUUCCUUUCGGUAUUUGUACAAUAUUCACACAAUAAUAAAUGAUUUUUUCAGUGUCAGAUUUAAAUAAAACAUCUGCUACCUUCACGUCACUCUGGAUCACCUCCAGAUAAUUCAAGGAUAGAAUGAUUCACAUUGAUAAUACCCUUAACAUGUCAGGGUGAGUACCGUCAAUUAUAAAAUAUUACUAAAAAUGUGUUUCCAAACUUUGAUAUUGUGAUCCGUUUCUAAGCUGCAGCCUCCAGCGUACACAUUCUCUAACAAAGAUACUUUGUCCAAGCAAUCUAGUUUGUAGAUAUGCUUCUCUUUAAACACGUCUGUUGUGAGUGUGCACAUAAAGUGAUAUUCAUUAGUUUAAAAGGUAAAUUCAGAUUAGCAUCAGUCGUGCCCAAAAGGACCGGAGGGGUUAAAAUAGGACUUCAAUUUGAAUAAAACAAUAAAUUAUUUAAGAUACGCAGUGCAAAAAAAGAUAUGUACGUUUUUUUUUUUUUUCGUUUUUUUUUAAAAGCUCCACAUUUUGUGACUGUGAAGGUAGCAGGAUGUUCCCUCCUCAUUAAUAUUUACACAAACCCCUGACCUCUUUUCACUGAAAGCCUAAAAAUAUCAUUCAAGAAGUUAGUAUAGCUAUGACCCAUUUCUUUUCUCUUCCAGUAUGUGGUUCUUUUUUUAACAGCAAAAUCAUUGGAGGUGCGAAAAAUAAACUAAACUUCAGUCACCUCCUUUUAAAAAAUAGCUCAGCUUCUACUUGAUAAACUUGUGUACAACAACUAAAAAGAGAUAUUUAAGUAGCAAUCCUAGCUAACCACACUAGCUCUCAUCCACAGACUGGCACGCAGGAUAUAAGUGAGUGUGUGGUGACUAUCAGCGCCGUAGUCUCUGCAGUGGUUAUAUAUGGGAGAGUAAACCUCGCUCUACUGACACUUUGUAGUGCUUAGUGACUCUGCUCCUCCUGUGGUCCGCAGCGCAUCUAAAUGUGUGUCUUCGGCUUUCUCCUCUCGGUGGGAGGUGUUACGUGGGCACGGCCGUCUCCAGGCUGCGGCGGCCCUGCCUCAGUUUGCGCUUGUUGCUGUACAGAGCCAUCUCCUCCAGGGCUGAGGUGGCAGGCGGCGGGCUGGGCGCCUCGACCUCGGGGCUGCCAGCGGGCACUAAACAACAACAACAAAACAUUUAAGUCAAGCUGCUGCUGUCUAUCCACUGUUUACAUAAAAGUCACUCCACAUGGGUCGCUGUGGAGAGGAAGAAAGAUGAAGGCAACUGGACGGAUCCCUUAAACCUGCGAGAGAAGCCCCACGUUCACAGCAGCAGGAAACAGGAAUAAUCAGUGACGGCAUGUUUAAACCAGACAACUACAGUUUAAGAUAGUUCUAGUCAGAGUAAAACCUAAAGUAACAAACUAUCCCCUAGAAGUAGAAAUAAAUCACUUUCUACCACUGACUUAUUUGCACUGCAAGGAAAAGUUUACCUUCCACAGGUGUAAUUGAUCAAAAUAAUUGGGGUCCCAUUCUAUUUAGUCAAUAUAUAAUUAUACUUGUGUUCACCCUGCAGUGACAUGUUAAAGCUGCUGCAGUUAUUCUCAGUUUUACAGGAACCCAUGUCCCACUGACCUGGGUUCAUGUAAACUGACUGACUGAUCGAUACAUAAUCACUAGUUUCAGUUAACACUGAAAACAAACUCAUGCACAGUCGGGUUCAUGGUUAGUGUGACAUCACUACUUUAGAAAGCAAAUAUGUCCCAACAUUAGUUGCUGCUUCAUACAGCAGCAGCAGGUGAAGCCCAUCUGAACACCUGAACCCAGUUAUGCCACACAGCUAGCAGGUUAGAGAAUAAAUGCACACACAUGCACACAGGAUCCUACCAAUAGGAGCUGCUUAUCCCAGGUAGUCACCUGAAUCAAAGGGGGUAGAACAAAUUGAGGUAAUGAAUGAGUUACUUAUUGUCCACACAGUUUUCUCACUCGUCCCUUUCUCAAAGCCCGUUUUUAGAACUAUUUGAAGUACCGCACAGCUCCAGUUCUCACCUGGGUUGCUGGAGCCGUCGUCGAUGAACUGCAGGUCAUCACCUGCUUCUGGGGUCUGGAAGAGAAGAAGAGCCAGUGAGUAACUGAGUGGGAGUGGGGGGCACAGUAACCUCUGUCCCAGGGGAAGCCAUCACCAUGUCAGAGAGAGAGAGAGAGAGAGAGAGAGAGAGUGUGCCAGCCGCUCACUGCCGGUUUAGCAGACAGCUCUGAAGCUCCCAAUCUGUCAGAGACACAAAAGCCAGCGUGCCUCUACUGGACUACUCCCCAGGAGAGAUUAGCAUGUUAAAGGACAGGGAGGUUAUCUUAGGUCCUCGGUUCCGGGGUUUGUUGCGUAGGCACAUCCACAGAGAGACAGAACAGCACCAACAAGAGUCACAUUGGAAAAGCAAGCAGCAUGUUAAGUUGUCUUUGUGUUGAUGCUCUAAUAAACCAACCAUCACGUUUUCCUCUUAUUAUUAGCCGUUUAUUCUACUUAGGAUCGGUUAAGGGAGCACUACGACCUGCAAGCUAUUUACAUGUUAUCUUACAGGACACUCACAAUGUCGAUUUAUUAGUUGGAAUUAAGAGAAAUAGUUUGAUGCAUGAAUACUCGUUUAAAGCUACAAGUCUUUAUGUAGUUUCUCUCCCAUGAAUUCUUUUAAAAUGUUUGCAUUGAUGAGAUUUGGAUCACGGGGAUAUGUUCCGCUGUCACGUGACACACACACACACCUCUGAUGUUUAUAGAAAUCAACACAGACCCUUUAAAUACUACUUUGUCAGUCCAUAUGCAGGAAACAUUACACAAACACUCACAAAACAGCGAUAUCAAUUAAAUUACAUCCACCAAA